AUGCUGAUGGAGUUGUCUCCCCGGUUCAGGUUCGAGGUGGAGUGCCCUGAAGGGGUUUCAAGAGAAACCCUCCGCCAGCUUGAGGCGGAUAUUACCUCAUCAAGAAAAGGGUUUAUACGGUUCCGAACACCGGAGAUAUGCGAGCUUGUCGAUGAGCUUGAGGACCACGAGUUAAGUUUAACAGAUUCUUUUUAUCCUUUUCGUUGUCGCUUAAUGGAGGAGUUUGCUGAGGUGUAUGCGGAGGUUUUUGCGGUGUCUAUACACUGCAUCAAUGAGAUAGAUGUUCUACAGGGUCUCGCUACCUUCGCUCGCACACAUCCAGGGCCUGAGAUGACGCGGCCGAAGCUGCUGCGGCCUUCUGAGGAUGAGGAACCCGUGCUGCUGCUGCGCAACGCCAGGUAA